UCUACACGGAACGAAAAUAAAGCCUCCAUGUUCAAUAAGGGGGCGCGAACAGGCAAAAGAGCUCGUUUUUUUGCGUUUACACCAGUGAACAGCUUUAUUAAUGAAUCCACCUAAAAUGAAACGUCGCCGAAUGGCGGAGCUGGAGCCCUGGAUCGAGAAGCUCAUCCAGAACUACGGCCAAAACCAAACCGAAGCCACCGUCAAAGCGAGCGUUAUUGGCAUGUGUGAAAUCUCGGACUCGCAGCGGAUGGAUCGCACAGAUGCCUGUAUGCUGUUCCUGUCCGACGGGAGCGCGAUGAUUCCCGCAGUGCUGAGCGACGCCGCCUGGGAGCGUCUGCAGGAGUUGCAGGAUGUGGAUUCUUUUACCUCCCUGCUCAAUCAUGUUGCGUAUGUACGUAGCUUUGAGCUGAAGUUUGACAUGAAGCCUGAUCUGGCAUCUUGUCAGUUUUACUUGAAAGUUAAUCAAAUGAACACCUUUUGCAUCGCUUCAAAGCGCCAACACCCUCCCAGCUGCACAACUCUCCAGUCAGUCAGAGACCAGAUUGAGAAGGCGUGGAGAUCCCGCGGGGGGGGUUCAGAAAGUUCAGUCUCUGGGGUCUCGCUCUCGUCUCUAUUGGAUGUUUGGCACAGUGACAUUAUAAUAAGUAUCCUGAAUGACGCAAUGGAGAAAAUAAAUGUAUCUGCAACAUAUUGUCCAAGUGUGGCGACACCAACUCACUGGCACAGAGAGAGGCUUCAGCGGAGGGCACAGGAGCAGUUCGCCGUCCCCGUGCCUUUUCUUCUCAUCCCUGAGGAACAGAGGGAGCUGAUGACAGCUGAUCCCGGUGCAGACAGUGAGACUCCUACUGGCUUGGCUCCGCCCCAUGAAGAACAUCAUCCAAUCAGCACAUCGAGUGCAAAUCAAACGGUGGCCGUCCAGGAUGAUGCUAUAAAUGACUUGUGUCCGGAUGAAGGACCGUCUACUCUGGUGCACACACGACCAGAGGUAUUGUGUGGAACAGGGGAUCUGUCUGGGGAUGGAACGAGCCCUUGGGAUAUGUUCACAGAAGAGCCUGGUCUGUUAGGUAGAAGUUCUACCUCUGGCUCAAAUGACCCAGAUUCGGAAAGCCAAUCUCUUUUAAAGGAAGUCCCCCCGUUGCUCAUAGCAACAAGCACCCAGUUCUCAAAGCAGGUCUCAGGAGGGCCGUCAACGGAUGGCAUUACACUCAGCCAGAGACCGAAGCCGACCCAGUUUAGCCUGUCCUGCUCCAGUGAAAGGUCCAUCAGAGACCCCAGCCAAGAGCAGGACAAAGAGCCGGCACAGAGUCCUCCAUCGUGGCUCAUCCGUAACACGGCCCCACCCUCAGCACCUCCACCUCCCAGGACAAAUCCCUCCACACCUGCACCCAACAAAACCAGGAAAGUGCACUCAGAUGGAGCGCCUUUUUCCUAUUUGUAUCAUCCGAAGCCUCAGGUCGCCUCAGCCCUCAGCCAUUUCCAGGUCCCAGGGCAUCUGAUUCAAUGGGCGGUGUGUUAUCUGGGGACCUCUGACUGUGCAGAUAUCAACGCUGAAGCGGGUUCAUGAGCCAUUAUCUGUUACCUCAAAUGCUGUUAGUCUUGUUGUUUUUGUUAUUGUAUUUAAGUUUUGGAUGUAAUCCAAAUAAAAAAUCUCUAUUUUUAUAUGAAUUCCCUUGUUUAAU